UGGCGCUGAGAACCACUAUUUAUGCACAAGACACAGAUGGUGUGGUCUUCAUAAGCAGUCAUUCACUGAGACACAUAAAACGAUUCUUCACUUUCAUCACCAUGAUCUUGUGGAGCGUGGCCCUUCUGCUUGUGGCUGGGACAUGCACAGCCGACGAAGAACCCCGCGAUGAGACCCACAUCAUUCUGGCGCUGGACUGGGCCAUGAACUGGGGCGAGUGGGGACCGCAGGUUUAUUGUCCUCUCGGCACUUUCGCCUACGCCUUCCAGAUCAAGGUAGAGGGCGAGGACCACUUGGACGACACGGCUAUGAACGGCAUCGAGCUCUUCUGUCGCGCCCCAGCUGAUGUAGGGCACGAAGGACAGCCACCCAAGAAGGACGCUAAGGAAUUCAGCAUUACCUCUACCGUCCAGCAGUGGGGGGACUGGAAAGGCAAACGAGAAUGCGGGACUGGCUACCUCACCGGCCUCCGCAUGAAGAGCGAGGAGGACCAAGGCUUCUUCAUCGACGACACAGCGGCCAACGACCUCGAAAUGCAAUGCAACUGGUCCACCGACACACUCAACGGCGGCGGCGACCACUGGGGCCACUGGAGCAACUGGGAGUCAUGUCCGCACAACUGGGCGAUCUGUGGCAUCGAGACCCGAGUGGAGGCAGACAGUGCCACAGAUGACACCGCUCUCAAUAAUGUGCGGAUGUUCUGCUGCAGCUAUGACGACCUGCCACCGACUUUUGCCCCUAUGUAAUGCAAAUGGGUUUGGCCUAAAGUCAAGGCAAUGUACUGAGACUCAGUUCUCAUUUUUAAUCAUAAAACUGUCCUGAAAUGGAAA